AUGGGAAACAGCUUUUCAAAUGCAAAAAAAUUAAUCAAAAAAUUUAGACCGCUAAACCGGAAUCUUUAUGUUAAUAAUGAUAAUAACUCUUUAAAUUUUUUAUCAUCGUCAACGUCGACAUCAUUCGACAAUAAUAAACGCACGGGAAGUGGUAGAAAGAAAUCUAAUAAUAAUCGCGGCAACCCUCCAAACUAUGUUUGGCCUAUUGAUGAAAAAGAGUUGAAUAGGUUGAAAACGCAACAUUAUUGUUUUAAAGAAAUGUUUGAUAAAAAUUAUUCUGCUCCGAUUCAAAAAUUAUUGGAAAAAGGUGGAAAAGGUUUAGAUAUUGGUUGCGGGCCUGGAUUAUUUGUUUUGGAAAUGGCAUCUGAAUUUAAAAAUUCGGAAUUUAUCGGUGUCGAUUUCUUGGAAAAUUUUCCGAAACAGACCUUACCAUACAACGUAGGAUUCGUAAGGGCAAACGUUUUAGAUGGUCUAUCAUUUCCUGACAAUAAGUUUGAUUACGUACAUAUCUGUUGUAUGAAUUAUUCUUUUACCGAAAACCAAUGGAUAGAUAUCGUGAUCCCAGAGUUGGUUCGAGUGACGAAACCAGGCGGAUGGAUAGAAUAUUACGAUAUGGGCCCGUCGGUUACAAAAGCGGGUCCGAUAUUUAUGAGAUUACACGAAGCACUCGAUAACUUAUUAAUAGAGAGAGGACUAAAUACUCAAUUCGUCCAUAAAAUAAAAUCAACCCUGCAACGAUAUCCAAACCUUCAGAAUAUGGAAGGAGUGCUCAAGAAACAACCGAUCGGCAAUUGGGGUGGAAAGUUGGGCGAGUUGAAUUUACAAAAUACGUUGGAGUUUUUCGACGUUAUAAAGGAUCUUAUGAUUAAUGCAUUGGGAAUAAACGAACCAGAAUAUAUGAGGCUUGUUAAAGAGUUGGCCAAAGAAUUCGAUGAGAACAAAUCAAGAAUACAUUUUGUUAGAGUCUUUGCCCAAAAAUUUGAGCGUAUAAAUUAA